AUGACACCACACGCUACCUCCGAGUCGCCAACCGUUUCGGAGAGAGAACACCGGCCUCAGUCGAUAUGUGCUCUGAUCAAGGCAAACGUUCGCAAUCAGCCAAAUUCGAUUGCCGCAAAUCAAGGAGACAGAGCCUUAACCUACGAACAACUUGACAAGGCCUCGCUGUUUUUAGCUGCUUUAUUCGAUUCGCAUGGUAUAAAGGCAGGAGAUAAAAUCCCAAUCUUUCUCUCCAGAUCUCUGGAGAGUGUCGCAGCUAUUCUGGCGCUGAUGCGAUUGGGCGCAUGCUUUGUGCCUAUGGAUGCCAGAGCUUGGAGCCAAGCGAGAGUUGAUGCGGUUUUGCGAGCCGUCGAGCCGAAUAUUGUGGUAGUAUGUGAAGGAACUGAGCUCAAUGCCAUGGGGCACCCGAUGAUCGAUGCAGAAGGUGUUCGCUCCACGUACGAUGCCUCCUUCAGCGAGGGGGAAGCUCCAACCAUGACUGGAGAACUCGACUCUCCUGGUGACCCAGAGCAACCAGUAUACAUCAUUUUCACGUCCGGGACAACGGGGAACCCAAAAGGUGUUGUUAUUCCUCGUCGAUGUGUUGAAAAUUAUGUUAUGCAAGGAUGUGAGAGAGGGAUGCCUUUCAAUUUGGGAGUUGGUAGCGACGAGAAAGUGCUGCUCUUGUUCUCUCUUGCUUUCGAUGCCGCCUGGGGAGUUUUCUUCAGCUGCCUCUGCCAUGGAGGCCUUCUUGUCCUCUCUGAACCAGAAAGGGUUCUUGAGGAUGCGAAGGUUUGCACUAUUCUUCCGGCAACGCCUUCGCUCCUUAUCACAUUGGGAGAUCCCAAAGCCUAUCUUCGGGCCAAGAAUAUCUUUCUCGGAGGCGAGUCUCCAAGCCCAGCACUGAUCGAGAGAUGGUGGAGCCCCCAGCGGCGAAUCUUCAACUGCUACGGGCCGACCGAGACCACAAUUUGUACCAGUAUGGCCGAGUUAGGACCUGGGAGCCCCAUUAUUCUGGGCGAGGCAAUGGCAGAAACAGAAUUGCUCAUUCUUGAUGAGCACCUCGAGGAAUCUACUGAAGGGGAGAUAUGUAUCAGUGGACCCGGUCUGGCAACUGGGUAUUAUAAGAACGAAUCAUUGACUGCCGAAAGAUUCAUUACCUGGAAUGGCCGUCGAGUGUACCGGACACUUGAUCGGGCUCGUAGAGCACCAGAGGGUAUCGUCUUCUGUGGCCGAGAGGAUAGCAUGGUGAAAAACAGGGGCUACCUCAUCAACCUCGAUUUGGACGUUCUUCCUAUCUUAACUUCAUAUCCGGGUGUGCAUUCGGCGGCUGCCUUGAUGCACGAGGGUAGACUGGUAGGAGCUGUCAUGCCAGAAAGCAUUAAUGUCACAGAGAUGCGACUGCAUCUAUCUCAGUCUCACGAUGAGUUCGUCGUUCCUGAUCAGAUCAAGGCCUUUCAAGAGAUAUAUCGCACAUCCAAUGGAAAAGUGGACUUGGCCAAGUUGCGAGAGACUUUCAAAACUAUAUCUAACAAAACUUUUUCAAACAUCACGGGCGGCACUCGCUUGGAAAUCCUUCAGGAAGCGGUUGCUGAAGCCUUGGGGCAUCCUGUUGGCUCAGUGACCACUCAAUGCAGCUUUUGGGAGCUUGGUGGAAACUCCCUUCUUGCUAUCAAGCUAUUGUCGAGCCUCAGCCAAAAAGGGUAUAGAGUCAGUUUUCAGGAGGUGUUUGCGCCGAUUCCCUUGGCUCUCUUAUCUGAGCGACUGGAACCAAUUGGUGCCCCGAAAGAGGCACAACUGGCGUCCUCAAUGGACACCACGCAGAAUGACUCCUUCAUUACGUCCCCGAUUACGGCAACACAGAUGGGAAUGAUUCGAUCUUCCAUUAAAAGUCUAGGAACGAGCUACAUGCUGGUGACCAUCGGCCUUCCUUGGAAGUCUGAAACGGGAUACAGUGACGAAGUUCGAAACGCCUGGAAAGCAGCUCUAGAGCGGCAUACCAUAUUCAGAACAACCUUUGACCUGAUUGAAGGCAUCCAGAAAAUCAGUUCUGAGUACUAUCACGACUGGGAAAGCCGUUGGGUGACUGAUGAAGAGUUACCGUUCGCUCUCAUGGCUGAAUCUGACGAGUUGAUCAAAAGCACGGGUUAUGAAAAAGAUAGCAAUGUUUUCCAACCCCUCAACAUCUUUCGACUUAUUCUGAAUGAGAAAAAUACCGAUGCCACUUUGCUGUGGCUUGUUCAUCAUAGUCUUGUUGACGGCUGGUCCAUGAGUAACAUCGUCAAGCAAGUCCAAGCGCUUCUGGAAGGGGAAACUUUGAGAGACGUGCCUGCGCAGUUCUGGCAGUUCUCGCAGCAUUUGUCGCAGCAAUCCAAGCUCACACGAGACAAGGAAUUGGACUUUUGGACGGAAGCGUUUUCCAAGGUUGCCGAUGCUGUGCCAUUGACCCUUCCAAAGCCAACGGACCAAACGGAAGAGCAGCGUUUCGGCACUACUACUGUCAAAGUUGCCCUCGAAUUGCCCCAAGUCGAGCAGAUAUGUCGAAUUCAGAAUGUUACAUCAGCCGCAAUGAUACAUGCGGCUUGGGCUCUUCUACUACAGUCUUAUACAGCACAAGAGCAGGUCACAUUCGGAACUGUUUUCUCGGGCCGUGACUUUCCUCUCCAGGGGAUUGAUACUAUCGUGGGCCCAACGUUGAAUACAUGUCCCUUUCCAAUGAGCCUUGUGAACUGCAAUAGCAAGCUCAAUUUCCUUUCAAGCGUGCAGCGCCUGCUCCUUGACAUUAGCUCGCACCAGUGGUCAGCACAAGAAGCAUUGCAGACUAUCAUGCCAGGAAGUCACUCCAGAGUUUAUCAGACCACUCUAUUCCUGGAGUACAACUUGCCGGGGUUUGAGGAUUCUACUUGGAAAUUCUCUCGUACCGACAUUCCAGAAUUUGGAUUGACCGUCAUCAUCCAGCGGGAAGGAGACCAUCUCCUGUUCCAGAGUCUAUAUAACCAGACAAUGUAUACAAAACCGGUGAUUCAGCGCAUGAUGGUACAUUUCCGAAACAUUUUCCUCGCGCUGCUCGAUCCGCAAUGUCAGACGCUAGCCCAGGUGCGCGGACGAAUGUUGGAGCCGAGCGAGUUUCUCUCCUUGAUUACCAAUUCGCCCACUUUUAUGGACUCCUACACAGGUCCGUCUAAUCUCAAAGACAGUUUCGAGAUAGGUGUCGAUCAGUGGCCAGACGCCGUGGCAAUUGAAUCCACAGCCCGAUGUAUCACAUAUCGAGAGCUCGAUCAGCUGGGAAACUCUGUCGCCCAAAUCAUUGCAGUCCGCACUUGUCCCGGCGACGCCGUAGGGAUAAUUAGUGAUCGGAGCAUUGAAUGGCUCAUUUCUGUCAUUGCAGUGAUCAAAGCUGGGGCUAUCUAUGUUCCACUUGAUACGAAGCUACCCGCCGAGCGAAUGCGUAUCAUGGUACAGUCGGCUAGAAUGAAGCUUUGCAUCUUUCCCAGCGAAGACUCUCAUUCCAAAUUCCAAAGCAUUUUCCAGAACAACAUUCUUUUGCAUCAACUCCUGGAAGGGGAAAACCCGAAUAUGUGUUCCCGGCUUGAGACAGUAACAAAGGGAGAAGAUGUUGCAUACAUCACCUUCACUUCCGGGUCCACAGGCGUUCCCAAAGGUGUCCAAAUUCCACAUCAAGCAGUGGUCUCAUAUCUGUCCUAUGGACCUGCUCGCAUGGAUGCUCGUCCAGGCCGACGCCACUCACAGAUGUUUUCACCCGGAUUCGAUGUUAACCAAGCCGAGAUAUUCGGAACACUCUGCUAUGGAGCUACUCUCGUCUUGGCCGAUCCAGCGGACCCAUUUGCCCACUUGUCACGAGUUGACGCGACUAUGAUUACGCCAUCAUUUCUCUCGGUUUUGGAUCCCUCCGAUCUUCCGAAUAUUGACACCAUUCUCUUUGCUGGGGAGGCGGUUCCCCAGGCUCUUACAGACCGGUGGGCAAACACUAAAACUGUCUACAACUCCUAUGGUCCAUGCGAGUGCACGAUUGGGUGCUUGUUCCAACCUCUCAAGCCACACAAGGAGGUCACUCUAGGGCGAACAAUUCCUCGCGUUGGAGUUUAUUUGCUUGAUUCCCAGAAUCAGCCAGUUCCCAUUGGCGUGCCUGGCGAGAUUUGUCUAAGUGGCAUCCAAAUUGCCAAUGGAUAUAUUGGCGCUGAAAUGGAAUCUGUUUCACGAACUCGCUUCAUUCCGGAUCCGUUUGUGCCUGGACACCGCAUGUAUCGCACUGGAGACUGCGCAGUCUGGACAGAGGACAUGGAGCCCAGGUUUCUGGGGCGAUAUGAUAACCAGGUCAAGAUAAGAGGCUACCGAGUCGAGCUGAACGAAAUCGAAAAUGUCAUUCGGACAGUCAGUCCACAAGUUCGUCGGGCAGUAGCUCUUGUGAGUAAUGAUAACAUUAUUGCCUUUGUUGAGCCAGAGAAUGUCGAUAUCCCCGGUCUUCAAAAAGCCCUUCGAACCAAACUGCCCGAAUAUGCUUGCCCUUCGACCAUCGUGGCAUUUCCUGCUCUACCUACGAUGCCAAAUCAGAAGCUUGAUCGCAAGGCAUUACAGUCCCACUUGAAUUUGACCAUGAUAAAGAGCCAAAAACCAUUGACAUCACUCCAAUCAUUGGUGGCUCAGGUUUGGCGCGAGGCGAUCGGCCUUCCCGAGACCGUCGAAAUUGGCGAAGAUUCGGACUUUUUAGCACUUGGAGGCAAUUCCCUUUCACAGAUAAAAGCGGCUCAAAUCACCAGUAGAAGACUGAAUAUAAAAUUGCCCAUGGGGCUCUUCAUCUGGAACACCGCUUUGUCGGGAUUGUGCGAGGAGAUUACUGAUUAUUUACCCGACGAAAGCGGGUUGUCUGACCAGCGCUCUUUCGCUUCAUCCUGGAAAACGGCUAAGACACCAUAUACAAGUGUCUCUCACAUCGAAGAAGAGUUUUUCAAAUUGUCGACCUCGUCUCCCACACCUCAAGCCUUCAAUGUGGCCUGUCACCUGCGACUGAAAGGAGACAUUGAUCCAAAACUACUCGAGAAAGCCAUUGCCCAAGCCACUUGCCGGGAACCAGUUCUCCAAAGCAGCUUCAGAGCCGUCAAUGAUCAUGUAUUACGGAGCCAAUCUCAUUCUUCCUGUGAAGUGAUCAUGGACAAGCUGUCCGAGCCCUCAAUCAGCAGCUUUGCAAGCCGACCUUUCGAUCUCUCGUUUGGGCCAUUGACAAGAAUCAUGAUCAACCAGAACAGUUCAUGGCUCGAUAUCGUCAUUGCGCAACAUCACGCAAUUACGGAUAAGGUUGCAAUGAAGUUGCUUCUACAAAAUAUUCUGGAAGAGUAUCAUCGUGCCUUGGGAAGCGAUUCUGAAACAACAGGGACUGCGCCUGCCCAGGAGGUCCCAGACUACACCGUUUGGGCCCAGUGGCAGAAAGAUCAUCAGUCAUCGCUCUCUAUGCAGAAUGAACAUUCCACAUACUGGCGAACCCAACUACUAGAUUCACCCAGCCCUCCAUUCCAAUCGCCUGGGCAGAGUCCCAGAACCUAUGUCGGACACUCACAAUCUGUUAAAUUGAAGCUCCCAACACUUAGGGGAUCUAUGGGACUUUACGUCGCUCUCGUUGGAAUGGCACUUGCAAAGGUUCAAGGAUCCCGAGAUGUCAUCGUCGGCAUACCGCAUAUUGAUCGCACUGAGCCUGGCACCGAGUACCUUCUGGGCUGUUUCCUCGACCGCCUGCCAGUGCGUGUGAAUAUGGUACCCGAAAGCUCGGAUGAUUUCGAAAGUCUGAUAAAAACUGUGCAGACCUCGAUACAAAAUGCCCUGGUCCACUCUAUUCCCCUCAAAGACAUUCGGAAGAUCACUGGACAAGACGAGCUUUUCCAAGUGAUGGUUGUGUAUAACAGGAGGGAAGAUUCCAUCGCAAAAAGCAUUACAGUUCCUGAUAUCGAAUUGGAAUCUGGACUGGUAAAAACAACGGGUGCAAAGUUUCCGCUUUUGGUUGAAUUCAUAGAAGAGGAGGAACACACAACGUGUGACUUUGAAUACAUGGAAGAUAUGGUCUCCGACGAAACCGUUGCUUUCAUUUCGCAGACAAUGCGGGAGAUCUUGUUAUCUUUAUAA